UUAGCACAGACCUAGCAAAAAGUGAGAAAUCAACAGCAUUUCUUGUUCCCAUAUCACCCUUCUGAGCAUCUCUCUGCCUGCCGAAAUACUGAGGCCACUAUACUUGGAUACCAUUUCUCCGCUCCAGGCACUGGAUAAACCCACCAAGCUGGGGUGGCCUCAUUCCAGUGAUGGCUCCCCGUGCCGGCUGCUUCCUAUUGGCGGUGGUGUUUUCUGCGAGCUGUAAAGCCAUCACCUCCUUGAAUCAGAUGUGCACUGAGAAAGAAGCCAACAUCACAUAUAACUGUGAAAAUUUAGGUCUCGCGGGAGUUCCUGACACUCUACCAAAUACAACAAAAUUUUUGAAAUUUGGCUUUAAUUUCCUACCUACACUUGAAAAUACAACUUUCAGCAGACUUGUAGAUCUGAUCUUCUUGGACUUAACCAGGUGCCAGAUUAACUGGGUACAUGAAGAUACUUUUCAAAACCAUCAUCAAUUGAACACAAUUGUGCUGACUGGAAAUCCUCUGAUAUUCAUGGCAGAAACCUCUCUUAACGGGCCCACGUCACUGCAGCAUCUUUUCCUAAUCCAAACAGGAAUAUCCAAUCUCGAGUUUAUCCCAAGUCAGAAUCUGGAAAACUUGGAAAGCUUGUAUCUUGGAAGCAACCAUAUUUCCUCCAUUAAGUUCCCAGAAAACUUCCCAACCCAGAAUCUGAAAGUUCUGGAUUUUCAGAAUAAUGCUAUACACUACCUCUCUAGUGAAGACUUGCAUGCUCUGGAGAAGACCACCAACCUAAGCCUUAAUUUCAAUGGCAAUGACAUUAAAGGCAUUGAGGCUGGAGCUUUCCAUUCAAAAAUCUUCCGAAGUUUGAAUUUUGGAGGGACUCUUAACUUGUCUGUUGUAUUAAAAGGUCUACAGAACUCCUCUACUCAGUCUCUCUGGCUGGGGUCAUAUGAGGACACUGAUGAUGAAGACCUUACUUCAGCCAUGUUUGAUGGACUUUGUGAAAUGUCUGUUGAAAGCAUCAAUCUGCAGAAGCAAUAUAUCUCUGAUAUCUCAUCUACUACGUUUCGGUGUUUCACUCAACUCCAGGAAUUGGAUCUGACAGCAAAUCACUUAAACGAGCUCCCCUCUGGGAUCGAGGGGAUGAAGGCUCUCAAGAAAUUAGUUCUCAAUGUAAACAUAUUUGACCAAUUGUGUCAAAUCAGUGCUGCCAGUUUUCCAUCCCUUCUAGACCUCUCUAUCAAAGGCAACAAGAGGAAACUUGACCUCGGUGUCGGCUGUUUGGAAAAACUAGAAAAUCUUGAGAAACUUGAUUUAAGCCACAGUGAUAUAGAGGCUUCUGACUGCUGCAAUCUUCAACUCAAAAACCUGUCCCACUUACAAUACCUAAACCUGAGCUACAAUGAGCCUCUCGGACUCCGGAGUCAGGCAUUCAAAGAAUGUCCUCGGCUAGAAGGUCUAGAUUUGGCAUUUACCCGCUGGUAUGUUAAGGGUCCACAAAGUCCUUUCCAAAACCUCCAUAUCCUACAGGUUCUGAAUCUUUCUCACUGUCUCCUGGAUACCAGCAAUCAGCAUCUUCUAACAGGUCUGGUGGAUCUCCGCCAUCUAAAUUUACAGGGGAAUCACUUUCAAGAUGGGAGUAUCUCAAAGACCAACCUACUUCAGACCUUGAGGAGCUUGGAGAUUCUUAUUUUAUCCUCCUGUGAUCUCCUCUCCAUAGACAAGCAAGCAUUCCAGAGCCUUGGGAAAUUGAGUCACGUUGACUUAAGCUACAACAACCUGAUGGGCAAUAGUAUUGAUGCUCUUAGUCAUCUUCAGGGAAUCUACCUCAAUAUGGCCGCCAAUAACAUCCAUGUCAUCCCAUCUCAUCUCCUCCUCACCUUGUCCCAGCAGAGCACCAUUAAUUUAAGUCACAAUCCCCUGGACUGCACUUGUUCGAAUAUUCAUUUUAUAACAUGGUACAAAGAAAACCUACAGAAAUUUGAGGGCUCGGAGGACACCAAGUGCGCAAACCCCCCGACUUUAAAGGGAGUUAAGCUGUCUGAUGUCAAACUGUCUUGUGGGAUUACGGCCAUGGGCAUUUUCUUUCUUGUAGUAUUUUUAUUCUUGAUUGCCCUUCUGCUCAUUUUUUCGGUUAAAUUCCUUCUGAGGUGGAAAUACCAGCACAUUUAAUGCUGAGCGCUUCUAGAGAUGUCAAGUCAAUAUGUUUAUGAAAAUGCCCGAAGUAAGGGAAGAGUUGUCUGUUCCUUUUCAGCCUGGCAGACUUCUCGGACUGGUUCCUGUAGCUGGGCAGGGAUUCACUGCGCUUCUCUGAGUCCUAGAGCUAAUGAACCUUCCUGGAACUUAAACUGACUAGGACUAGGGGGCCCAACAACAGCUGUGAGAGACCCAGAGCCAUUUUUUCACAUGGAAGGUGGUUGGAGGACCCGUGGCAGGGAAAGGCCAGGAGAGGAAUGCACAGAAAGCCAUCUCCCUUCUGGUUGUGGACACCCCUCGAAGCAGCUCCUACCAUGACUCUAAGAGGAAAUCAACUCCUCCAACUAGGCAGUGCGGACAGCCCAGCCCAAACUCUGUCUCCCACAGCUUGGACAUCAUGCUUGACUCUGAAUCCUCAGUAAGGCAUAUUUACUUGAAAAAUGUGUUGAGGAUAAAGUCUCAAAGCUUAUUUUAAAUGGAAAAGGGGAUACACAGCGAAUUUAAAAGAAGAGGCCGAGAAAUGAAUCUGACCUAAAAUCAACCUCACUGUUCUCUUUAAUCCUUGGGUCUCUAAGCCUUCUACAAAGCAGCUAGGGUGUAAAUAGCUACCAAAAAAAAAAAAAAAAAAAAAUCACUCCCACUAGCCCCCCGGCUCCCAACGUCUAGGAGUUUUGCUCCAUUGGCCACCCUCUCUUCAGAACCCCAGAAGCUCCUUCUACCUAUCUGGGGCACUUGCUCUUAUGUUAUAAAUCCUACCUUACACAUGGGCUGUGGUCCAAAUAAAUGCUCUUCUCAUUUGGA